CAGCUGCAGUCCUGUGAUGGACGUAGAUGUCAUAAUAAUUAGUCCAGCGAUUUUCAAAACAAAAAUAGUUGUAGAAAAGUAAGAAUGAAUUAAAUAAAAAUUAAAGGACUAUAACCAUGACUACAAACGGAAAAAUAAACGCCGAAACCCAAUUGCAAGUGACAAUCGGGAGAUUGCUACAAUCUGUAACCGAUAAAAGUUAUCUAGUGUUGGAAUCUGUAAAAUGUUCGUUGAAAAAAUUGUCCGAAAAACAUCCAAAUCAAGUGCUAAACUCCUGUUGUCAGUUCAUAACAAAAACCCCAAAACCGCCUCCCGAACAUGUCUCGUCCAUACUCUACAUAAUGGAACUAGUUUGUUCCGAUCAUAUAUUGAAGAUCAAUGGGGAUACUAUAAUACAAACAAUAAAUGUUAGUCUCUCCAUUAUGACUGAGAAUAUUAGCUUGGACUCCCAAGUACAAAGGCCUGCAUCUGGGAUACUUGUAGCCCUUGGGAGGGAACAUUAUGUACAGGUUAUGGAUGCUCUAAGGGAAAAACUGCAGCCUUCAGUGAUUCCCCAUCACAUGGUGCCCUAUACUUUGGGUGCUUUAGCAAGUGCCAAUGCUAUCGGUGUAGUACCAUAUUUGAAAGAUAUCUAUAGUAUUAUCUUACCACUUCUUCCGUCUUUGCGAACAGAGAUACUAAAACAAUCAGUCUCAUUUGCUCUUGGAAAUUUUUGCGAGGCUCUCACAGAGUACAUCUCGAAUUCAGAAAAGGUUCCAGAUCCAACUAUAAACCUAGAAACUUUCAGCGAAGAAAUCAACAUCGCAUAUAACAUACUUUUUUUGAAUUGGAUAAAUUCCCGUGAUUCCAAGACAAAUGAAUGCGUGCUAGAAGCGAUAACAUUGAUAUAUCCUGUUUUAUCUGAGAACGUAGCACAGCAGACGCCGAAAACGAUUCAAGUGCUGCUGAAUUUGUAUAAACGCAAUGUUAAUACCUACAGUAUUACCAAAUGCUUAGGUUCUGUUAUCAAGAAGUCGGCAGCAGUGAACGGGAUGCUUCUAGAACCGAUGCUGCCGAAUAUUUUAAGUACUCUGUUCGAUUUGCUGAAUAUAUCGCCGGAUUACGCCCAACCGGGUUUCUUGAAAAGUCAUUCUGAAGUUUUAAGGUGUUAUGAAUGCUUCGCGCUGCACUUUACAGAUAACACCAUGGACCAGCUUUUGUCCCAGCUCAAAAACAACAACGACAAAGAAAAAGUUAAAUCUUUGAUUGUUAUAACGCACCUGAUUUCAUAUAGCGGGGACCAGGCCAUUAAAGGAAGGUACAAGGACAUCGUGAAGCACGUUAACGACGUUUUGAAUGACAACAAUCUCAGAGUUAAGACUGCUUUGGUUAAAAUUAUUGUCGCAUUGUCCUGCAAGAAGGUUCUAUUAGAUAAAGAAAUUAACCCAGACGGUCCUGAAAAGUACAUUGAAUUCAUCUUGAAGAUGUGUUGCAAGCAAAUUCUGCCUAAAAGUAUCAUUCUCGAUCCUCAAGAGUUGGAUAAUAUUCAAAAAUCUACUGAUAAUACGUUAUAUAUGUUGAGCACCUCCGUUCCGGAGCUGGAAUCAGUUUUAUGGAAUUUACUUUUAAAAUGUUUUUUGAAUCCAGCCUACGACGACGCUGUAGUUGUCAUAUUAAGAUGCCUAACCCACUUAGCGUCGAAAAGAGACAAAGUGGAGAGCUGUGAGACGGCGUUCGUGAGAGGGUUGUCGCUUCUAGCGAGACCCAUGCCUAAUUUUAGAGGUUGCUUCAUUCUGAACUUCCUUAAAAACAUAAAACCGUGUAGCGUGGAAAGUUAUAAAAUCGUUUGGGACGGGAAGAUCCCGCAACUGUUGAAGUAUCUGGAGCAGAAUUUAGAAAACUUUAAUGUCAUCGAAUGGCACGAUUUAGUGUUUGAUUUUUUGAAUAUUCUGCUGGAAACGACCAGUAACGAGUCCUUUAACGAGAUCAUCGUGAUAAAUGCCAAGAAGCAACUGGAUAUUUACAGCAGUACAAGAUACAUUGCAAGCCAAAAUGGAGACUAUCAAAUUAAACAAUCAGAAAAACAGUUCCUAUUAAAAUGCCUCGCUAUAGCGUUAUGUUACCUCAAAGACAAAGAAACCGUUAUGCAAACUUUAGAUUCUAUUUUGAACAACGUCAAAUUGACGGAUUACGCGGAAUCCCAGACAUGCGCAGAAGCCGUAGGCAUUUGUUCGCGAACGCAUUUACAGUUGGUGCUCGAAAAACUAGCUACCAUCAGAAAGGAGGUACUCACGAAGAAAUCCUCAAAGUUUCUCAACUUCUUGAAGGAUCAGAAACACGAAGUGGCCUUGGACCGUUUGCGCUACACAGUGCUAUGCAGUUACGCGCAAGUGUGCAAUGAAGCUCCUUCUCACGAGCUGCUGCAGGUCAUACAGAGCGAGAUCUUGGAGUAUGCCGUCGGGGAAUUGGUGAACAGUAAGGAUUUUCCUAUACGGAAGAUAUGCCUCAGGACCAUACAGGCUGCAGCCGAUGCCAUGCAUCCUAAUAGGAAUUCUCUACACGUGAAGAUGAACGACAGGGAUAAUAUUAUUAGGUUGGUUUCUUCUCACAUUCAUCUCCACAGCGGCCCCGAAUACAUAGAACUUUUUCCUCUAAUCAUCCCAACGGUUACGGCUCUAGUAAGGCUUCCUGUACCGAUAGAAUCCGAAGAUAGAAUCAAAUUGCUUAAACUGUUCUUCGACAACGUCUACAACGCAGCGACGGUUUAUUGCAAGAUCAAUCCGGACAACACGGAUAAGUAUUACGGAGAGCUGAAGCUGGUGCCACACGUUACCAAGAGUUUCACCGAGUUGAAUCAGCUGGUGAAGGAUUUACUGCUGCAGAAUCUCUCUCCCGCCACCUUGGAUGAAAUCGUUACUUUAUUGGAACCGUGGUUAAGUAAGAAGCGACAGGAGCAGAGACUACCAGCGGCCGAAACCUUGCGGUUAGUUCUUCAAACCUACUUGGACAAUAUGAAGUUCGCCUACGAAUGUCCCACCACGUUCGGCCAAACCGGAUUCCUGUUGUCCAAAGUCGUUCCGAGGUGUACAGAUCCCAACAAGAACAUCCGAAAGGUGGCCGUCGAGUGCUUGUGCAUCAUUUUGUGCAUAGCGGCCAGAUACGAGGGCCACAUGAGGGACCACGACAAAGUGCUGAGCAAUUCGUUGCAGCAUAUCCACCAGCAGAUCGAUUCCGAUGAACCGAAGCUGUUGUACAAUUUAACCUCGGAUUUGGCGCAUAUUAUAUGCAUCAAUCUUCCUUCCUUUCAACUAAUUCACUGCAUCGACGGCUUGACUGACGCUCUGCUGGAUUGCGAGCCUUCAAGCUCCAACGGAAGCAGUGUAGUCCUUAAUGUUAUUCUAAAAAACAAAGGUGGAGAAUUGUUGAGUCAUGUGGUACCAGUUAUUGAAAAACUACUAAAACAGUUAUACCAGAUUCGAUGCCCAAGAACCAAGUCUUCCACCUAUAGGGCUGUUCUGAAUCUAGCGAUGCAUCAUUCUAAGACUGUAUGUGGCAUUCUACUUAAUCAACCGUUACCAUUUGACAAUGCCAUUUGUGAAUGCUGGUCCAUCAUAUCCAUAGACCUCACCCUGGCGGCCGACCUAAUCGAUCAAUUGAAGAAAGCGAUAAAAUCAACGCCCCUCUACGAAGAUCAAAGCAACGGCAACGUGAGAAUAGCGAAUCUCCAACCCUUGCAAGCGGUUUGCGCCCUACACGAACUCCUGAAAAACUCGCAUCUUAAAGACAUAUGUCUGCAGCAGUUUCCCGAACUGUUUACCAUCCUACUGACUUGCGUUUCGUCCUACAUGGGCGCCAUAUCACCAGCUAUCAAGAAGAUCGAUUCCGCCAGAGAAAAAUACGGUUUCAGUUUGAAUAGAGACGCCUACAAGAUGCUGCCUGCGAAAGUCGCCAUCGAAACGCUGAGGUCGUUCUUGUUGUGCUGCGAGUUCGAGAAAAUGGCCGCCAGUUUGCUGUUGAUCAAUAAUACCGAUGCUUUUGAAGACGUCAAUCUAUUUUUAAAGGUAAUCCAAUCUUUGGUUGAAAACGUCUGUGAGGAACAUCCCCAAUCGCUCUCGUGGUUGGUCGCUAGUCUAGGUCCCUACAUCCGAGCAGAUCUUGACCCUCAGCGAGUAGUUACCGUCGCAUUCUUCUCGCACUUGCUGCAACAGAGCCACACCGAACAAAACGUACUGACGGAGAACCUCUUGGAGAUGAUUUUGGACGUUCAAGGAGACACUUGCAGUUUGGUUAAGAGGUUGGGAUUGCAGGGUUUGGGCUACGCCGCCGAACAUUUGAGCUACGAAUUGGUGUCGAGGCACUGCAAUCCUAUUCUUAGCGUUUUGAUGAACAGUUUGGAUUAUCAUAAUAUCGGGAUGGAAAGUGCCGUGAUCCUGGAAGGCAUGCUGAGCUUCUCGAAACUACUGGAAGCAAUGGAGGGUUGCAAGUUCAGUUCGUUCCAGGUAACUGCCGCCGUCAGGAUAAAACCUCUGCUGGACCAAGAGGACGUUAACUUAAGGAGAGCGGCAUUCAGAUUGCUGGGAGAUCUGACACAGUCCUUGAAUUCCGAAGGCAAUUUGGAGGCUUUCAAGGAGCAGAUCCACGGGAACAUCGUUACCUUGCUGUUGCAUUUGAGCGAUCCCGAUAUUUACGUAGUUAAGGCUUGCAAGUAUACGUUAAGGAAAAUAGGGCCCUAUGUGGGAAGCUCCAAGGUCAAUUCUAUGAUACAGGAGCACCUAAUAGACGAAGCCAACUUACAUUUCACCGAUUUCAUUAGAGAUGUCAUCAAAUUAAUGACUGAAGAUUUAGAAGAUCUGUUCCCACUACUGAUAAUGACGUGCCUAUCGUACUUUAAGAGCCAAUGGGAGGAGAUCAAAGGGAACGCCGCUCUUAUAGCGGGGCUUUUGUACUCCCAAUUAGUUCCGGAGAAUAGAUCCAGAGUAUCACUGGAUACGGUCUGUGAUAGAUUGUUAAGACUUAUGGAUGACGAAGAUGAGGAGGUGCGUGUUAAGGCCGUAGAGGCCGUUUCUUAUUUAUUCAUCGAUUAGUAACAGUUAAAGCGUCUGUUUUGGGUUAAAUUAUGUCUGAACAAGAAGUAUGCUCCUGGUGAUUUAAAAACAAGGAACAUGCUAUUUUUUAUUAGGUUUUUAGUUUUUUUUUUAUAUUAUUUUCAUCCAAACUUCACUGAAUCAAUGGCAGAGUAAACUUCCAGGCCAAAAAAUUAAUUGUAGCAACUCUCUCAGCUUGUCAAAUUUACUUUUACAUGCUAUAGUGAUCCUUUAGCCAAAAAAAUAUCAUAUUCAAGUUAAUAAACAAGUAUAGUUUGCUUGCAUUUAACUUUCACCAUUAAUAUUCUGAACAAAAUUGUUUCACAGCCAUAUCUACACUGUAACAUCUUUAUACAUAAUGUAAACAAACUUGCCAUGUCAUUGUGGCCAUAACUUGCGAUAACAAUAAACAUCAUCUGGAAUUUAUUAGGUCAUAUAAUAUGUUCACUGUGUUUUUCACUGUCAAAUUUUAAUAUUCCAAUCUAUAAGCAAACAUUUUCAUAUUGACUAGUGUUAGUUAUGACGUCACGUUUUUAGUUGGCCACCCUGAAAAUGUUUCACCUGUCAUUUGUCGUUAUUUUAACAUUAUUACAUCUUUACAGGUACCUUUUUUUACUAAGAACAUCGUUUGUUUCUGUUGUCAAUUUAAGGUUAGUUUUUCGUCACCAUCAAACCCAAAACCGAGUACUAUAUCGUAGAUUUCCUAAAACCUCCGUACUUGCCAUUGGCAUAUUUUUAUGUAAAAUAUUCUUAAAUAACCACAUCAUUUUCAGAUUAAGUGUUUUCACUGAGUAAUUUUGGUUUUCUCCAGUCUUCCAUGCUUUUACUGAGAAAAUUAGUAUUAUCGACAUAUUUGUCUUGCGGUCUAAUUAUAGCAUGCCUAGAAAUCUUUGAUGAGUAGCUUAUCAAGUAUUUAAUUGUUUUUUAGACGAACAAACACUUUGUUUUGUAUUAUAUAUACAAAAACGCUGAAAUACUUUACACAGCUUUGAAUUUCCGCACGUAAAAUGGUUUGUGUUUCGCUUUUAACAAAUCCUGAAAAAAUAAAUUUGCUUCGAAUGAAUGUGUUGAUUAUCGAGUGAUAUUUUGUCGAAAAGCUUAAUUCUUUCUGCAAGUAUCGCUUGAUUUGUCGUUUUUAACAGGGUUGUAGUAUUCGUUCGGUAUUCAUAAACGAAUUUGGUGAUCAAAUUAAUGAUUAUACUUAUUGAUUAAAAAUGAAGAAUAAAAAAUAUAAAUAAAAUAUUUUCUAAUGUCGAAAAACGUUUAAAAAUGUUCAGUUUCGGCUAAAAAAUGUAGUAAUUUAAUUUUUCAUUUGAAACAAUAUCGUUUCUGUAAAAAGGUAUACUUUUACUUCA